AUGCGCGACCCCGACGUCGUCGUGCCCCCCGCAGGCUCAUUCAGGAGAGUCCAGGGCGACCAUCCCGACUGGAAGAAGAAGAACAUGGACCCGAAGCAGGUGAAAGCCUGGGAGGAGCUAAUCAAAGGACAGCCGUACGUAGUGGUGCAGGUCGCUGAACUCGGCACGGAAGGACCUGGCGUUAACGAGCGUAUUGACGAGAUCAUGGCGAUCCUCCUACGCCUCUCACAGAUCCUCGGCAUCGUCAUCAUCCCUUCGCACUCGGUGAAGAAGCCGACCGACGAUGACAACACUCCCAAGCCUCGGAACAAGGAGCCGGUGUGGUACCUAAUCCUCGGCCUGACUGAGAAGUGGUGCGCCGCGCUCAUCCGUGCAGCAUGGCUGGACUCCCAGAAGAUCUCCCUCAACUUCGACCGAUGGACGCACGACAUCCCUACCCUGUGCGCAGCAUUUCGCUUCGUAUAUCGCUUCGGAGCCCACUCGAAAGAAGAGUACGACGCUAUAGUCCGCCGCGAGCUACUGGAAUCAGACAUCAGGAAGGUAAUCAUCGAGAUCCUCCUUGCAGACAUCGAGCGCGGCGGCCAGUGGCGUCGUUCAACGAGGGACGACGCCUUCGGCGCGAUCCUGGACUCCGUUGACGUCGACGUGAUAACUGUCAACGUCACCGCUCACCUCUCUGAGCCAGUAGCAUUCAUUCACAUCGCCCCGCCCACCUCUGACUGGCAAGACUGGCUGCGAUUCUGCGCCGCCGUAUCUACUGCGGCUUCUGCCACUCCUUGGGCCACACGUCGAUACGCUGCCCGGUUCGAUACACGCCUGGCUGGCACCACCCUCCGCAGCACCUGCUACCUCAGCAGGCAGCGAACACUACCCGCGGAGGAGGAAGAGGCGGCCGCGGGCGUGGCACUGGACGAGGACGAGGAGCUAGAGGACGCGGCAUGUAGGACGUAUGUAGAUGCUCUCGCGUACCUUGACCAUGACCUCGCCCAGUAA